AUGACGACGGUCACAGCCAAGGAUUUCUGCGUCUCGUGGAACGGAGAUGCUCAUCAAUGGCCAGAUUAUGUGCGGAAGGUGAGACUUCAAUACGAGAAGACGGCCCUGGAGAAGAGAUAUCUGUUGGGUCCUGAGUUGGUGAGUCGAUUGACGGACAGAGCCUGGGAGGCUUGCUUCGAGAUUGACCAUGGACGUCUGCAAGGGCAACAUGGAGCGAAGUUUCUCCUCACUCAUCUUCGUGAUCGCCUAUGCCGAGCCCCUGUACCAGAUGCCGGAGCUCGCUUGGAAGAUCUUCUGGUCCGUUUGCGGCGGACACCCGGCACUCCCUUUUCUCAAUGGGCGCAUCAGGUUCGGGAAACCUAUCGUCGCCUUCAACGAGCUUUGGUUCGUGCGAGAAAGGAGUAUGACGAGAAGCGGGGCAAGGCUGCAGAUCGACAUCUGCUGUUUCCUUCGACGCGGCCAAGACGAGCUUCGAUGGAGACUCAGUCCGAGCCGGAGCCACCUUCGGCAGACACUUCUCGGGAUAUUGGAUCACCUGCGAAGAGCACUCGCAGCGCCCCUGCUGACGGCCAACGCGAAGAAGCUGGCGACUUGGAGGGCGAGAUCCACGAGAUGACCUGGGAAGGCGAGGACGGCAAGUGGACUGAGGCAGAUUGGCAGAAAUGGCGAGAGAUGGAAUCCAAAGACAAGCCUCAAGAACCAGAUCCUGAUGAUCUGCCCUGGGAUGAGUUGGAGGUGGACACGAUGGAGGUGUUGCCCGACGAGGUCCUUGGAUGGUUGCUUCUCAGGCGAGCUGGCCUUCCUGCGAGUUCUCGUCUGUCCGUGCAAGCAGCGAUCGGAAACUCCUUGCGCUUCACGGAAGUGGAGCGCGCUCUACGUGAUCAAGAAGAAGAACUUCUUCAAGCUGAAGCUCGGGCAUCUGAACGACGCGGACGACAGAAGCGAUCGUACUGGGUGGAGCAGGAGCAAGAAUGGGGCCUUCUGGACAUGCACCCGGACUCUUCGGAUGAGACCCCAGUGCAUUGGAUUGGCAAGGAGCUUCCGGCGGAGGUGUACGCCCUAUCUGCUGCCGGUUCUGCAGGUGAACUUGAUGCUGAAUCAGGCGGUGAUGCAUGGUGGAGCUCUACGGCAACCUGGGAUGAGCCUACAUGGUGGUCAUCUCCAACGUGGUGGACAGAGGAGUGGAGUGAGCCGGAGCUCACGAGUAAGGAACAGAAGCAAGUUGAUGAAGCCUAUGCUGCCUACAAAGAUAAGGUGCGCACCUUCGUCCAGGCGCGCACUCUCAUGAAGGACAAGGCGCGGAAUCGAGGAUUCUAUCAGGCGGCCAAGGGCAAGGGCAAGGCUUCGAAAGGAAAAGGAAAAGGCAAGGGUUCAACGCCUACAUUGGCGGCUGCCUCACCGACAUUCAUGGCAGUCAAAGGAUCCAAAGGGAAGGCAAAAGGUCCCAACUACACCGGCUGUUUCAUUUGUGGCAGUCGAGAUCACGGGUAUCAGAAUUGCCCUCAGCGGACGCGUGGACCUGGCAAAGGUCGUCUUCGUCUUCAGGACAAGCCAUGGUGGUCAUCAGCGGCUGGGAAGUUCCUGAUCUACCGGAGGAGGACCAUGAAGAUGGCUGUGGCUAUGAAUCCUACGCGGAUGAGGUGGAGACGGUUCACGCCGAAGCUUGGACGGUGCAAGAAGCAGGACAGUGGAGCGACGGAGACUGUGACGUCUUUGACCGCACUUACGGAGAUCAUGAACUACAGGAAGGAGCUGUUCGGUGACGAGGAUGUCAAGGUCUACCCGGCGGAUGGGAAAUCCUUCAGGUUCGGAAAUGGCCGAACUAUGCUAGCUUCAUCCUUUGUGGAGAUUCCGCAGUUCUUGAACGGCCAGUAG